GCUGUUCAGCGAAAUCGCCAGGGUCCUGGAUUCGCCUAAGCAGGAUACCAAAUACCCGACAUGGCUGAGGACCCAGUAGAAUCCUUCAAACCCUACACCCUCUCCCAAACCCUAACCCCCCACAAGCGCGGCGUCUCCUCCCUCAAGUUCUCCUCCGAUGGCAACCUCCUUGUUUCCGCAUCAGCCGAUAAAACCCUCCGGACUUACUCCGUCUCCACCGAUCACAUUCUCUCUCCUCUUCAGGAAUUCUCCGGCCAUGAACAGGGCGUCUCCGACGUCGCCUUCUCUUCCGACUCCCGCUUCCUCGUCUCCGCCUCCGACGACAAGACCCUCCGUCUCUGGGACGUCACCACCGGCUCGCUCAUCAAAACACUUCAGGGUCACACUAACUACGUCUUUUGCGUCAACUUUAAUCCGCAGUCUAAUAUGAUUGUUUCUGGGUCUUUUGAUGAAACUGUCCGCAUCUGGGACGUCAAGACCGGCAAGUGCUUGAAGGUUUUGCCUGCUCAUUCUGAUCCAGUGACGGCGGUUGAUUUUGACAGGUAUGGGUCUAUGAUUGUUUCUAGCAGUUAUGAUGGGUUAUGCAGGAUUUGGGAUGCAGGGACUGGCCAUUGUAUUAAGACGCUGAUUGACGAUGAGAAUCCCCCAGUGUCCUAUGUUAAGUUCUCACCCAAUGGGAAGUUUAUUCUUGUUGGGUCUCUGGAUAAUGCGUUGAGGCUUUGGAACUUCUCAACUGGGAAAUUUUUGAAAACAUACACUGGCCAUGUGAAUUCAAAGUACUGCAUUUCAUCUACCUUCUCUAUCACCAAUGGGAGGUAUAUUGUUAGCGGUUCAGAGGAUAGUUGCGUAUACUUGUGGGAACUUCAGUCAAGGAAAGUUGUGCAGAAGCUGGAAGGUCAUACUGACACAGUAUUGUCCGUAUCUUGUCACCCCACUAAGAACAUGAUUGCAUCUGGUUCGCUCAGUAAUGACAAUAAUCUGAAGAUCUGGAUUCAACAGGAGGAAUAAAUAGCUUCUAUGGGGAAAGUUCGUAACAGUACCGCAGCUUGUUUGCUGGUGUAGAUUUUGAAUCAUAAGAAAGAUCGUUUUGAUGGCUGAAAUGAGCACCAUUCACAAUCCGUGCUAAUCCCAAAUCAAAUUCUUACGUUGUAGCUUUGUUUAUUAAUGACUUUCAGCCAUUGUAAUCUGAAAACUCAUUCAAGUUAAUAUGAGCUCAUGUUUUCAAAAUGACUUUCAUGUAAUAAUCUUUUGAGUACUGG